CUAGUAUAUAAAGAUGGCACCACGUUCUGUUCAGACUAUAUUGAAAAGGGUUAAGAGAAGACAAAAAUGAUGAAGGCUGUGAGUUUUCUGCUUCAUUUUGCCUUCCUCUUCACCUUAACACAAGGCCGAUCAAUCAUCCCACAGCCCCAACCUCUCAGAUCCUUCAAGCUCAGCAAUAACCAGUAUGCAGGGAGUUGUUCCUACACAGUAUCAAUAAAGACUAGCUGUUCUUCACCCAGAUACACACGAGAUCAGAUCAGUAUUGCAUUUGGUGAUGCUUAUGGCAAUCAGGUGUAUGCACCCAGAAUAGACGAUCCAUCUUCGAGGGCAUUCGAGAGUUGCUCCACGGAUACAUUUCAGAUUUCUGGGCCAUGUGCGUACCAGAUCUGUUAUGUGUAUCUCUAUAGGAAUGGAUACGAUGGGUGGAAAACACAGACAGUGACAAUCUAUGGUCAUUACACCAAAUCUGUCACAUUUUAUUACAACUCUUUUAUUCCCAAUGGUAUUUGGUAUGGGUUUAAUCAUUGUAAUGGUGGUGCUUCAGCAGCGUUAUCCACUUCAAGCAUGUAGCCAGAUGAGAUAGGAGUGCAGCAGGACUCUUUGUUUUCAGGUCAUUAUUUUGGCUCUGGUUUGUAAUGGUUUUGGUGCUUUGGCAUUAUCUGUUUGCCAUCGGAUUUUGCUUGUUAUGGUUAUUGGGGGUAUGUAGAAAACAACCCAAUGAAUAAAGUCUUUAUUGAUUUAUUUUUGUUUUUUGAUACGAGUGGUAUUGGACAAGAGAAGAUUCGAACACAUGACCUCGGGUGCGGUGCUUCUGAAUUAAAGCGAUUUACCCUC